UACCCUGGGGAGACAGCUGGGGACUCUGCUGUGAGGGGUGGACCUGCCUUUCUCAGGACCCCUGCCCUGAGGCUCGCUCAGCCACACCCUACCACUUCCCUUCUGCCAGCAUAGCUUAAAGUCACAAGGCAGGGGUGGGGUCAGGGUGGCUGCAUGGGGCACUGGGAGGGACAUGGAACCUUUUACAGUCAAGGACAAAGUCCUCCCCUGCUUUCAGCCCAGGCAGCUUGUAGUGCAGCUGGUACCCUGGUGUCCCGUGUCUCCCGACUCCCAGCCUCGCUGUCCUCCCGCCAUCCCACAGGCAUGCAGGGAGCCUGGGUGCUGUUGCUGCUGCUGGGCCUGAGGUUACGGCUCUCCCUUGGGGUCAUCCCAGUUGAGGAAGAGGACCCGGCCUUCUGGAACCACCAGGCAGCCCAAGCCCUGGACACCGCUAAGAAGCUGCAGCCCAUCCAGACGGCCGCCAAGAACCUCAUUAUCUUCUUGGGGGACGGGAUGGGGGUGCCCACGGUGACAGCCACUCGGAUACUGAAGGCGCAGAUGGAUGGCAAGCUGGGACCUGAGACGCCCCUGGCCAUGGACCACUUCCCCUACCUGGCUCUGUCCAAGACAUACAACGUGGACAGACAGGUGCCGGACAGCGCAGGCACAGCCACGGCCUACCUGUGCGGGGUCAAGGCCAACUACCAGACCAUCGGUGUGAGUGCGGCCGCCCGCUAUAACCAGUGCAACACGACACGUGGCAAUGAGGUCACCUCCGUGAUGAAUCGAGCCAAGAAAGCAGGUGGGUUUGUGCGGAACCUGGUGCAGGAGUGGCUGGCCAAGUACCAGGGUGCCCAGUAUGUGUGGAACCGCACGGCGCUCAUCCAGGCGUCCCAGGACCCCUCUGUGACACACCUCAUGGGCCUCUUUGAGCCAGAGGACAUGCAAUAUGAGGCCCAUCGAGACCUCACCCUGGACCCAUCCCUGACAGAGAUGACCGAGGCGGCCCUGCGUGUGCUGAGCAGGAACCCCAGUGGCUUCUACCUCUUCGUGGAGGGGGGCCGCAUCGACCAUGGUCACCAUGCUGGAACCGCUUACCUAGCACUGACCGACGCCACCAUGUUCGAUGAUGCCAUUGACAAAGCCAGCCAGCUCACAAGUGAGGAGGACACACUGACCCUUGUCACCGCUGACCACUCUCACGUCUUCUCUUUUGGUGGCUACACACUGCGUGGGAGCUCCAUUUUAGGGCUGGCCCCCAGCAAGGCCUCCGAUGGCAAGGCCUACACCUCCAUCCUGUAUGGCAAUGGCCCAGGCUAUGUGUCCAGUUGCAGCCAGACCCGGAGCCCCCUGCUCAUGGAGCCCCUGGAGCGAGCGUCCCUGCACCAAGCCCGGCAGGCUCAGGAGGCUGACACAGGGAGCAUCAUGAUGG